UUUUUUUCUUUCUUUUCCCUUUCCAUCACCGACUCCUCCAUCACCUGUCAAUUCCCGGCCCGGUAUAAUUCCAACCUCAAAGGUCUUUUUCAUCCUAACACUGCCUGCCUUUUGCAACCCGUCUCGUCCGCACGACUUGGUCCAUCCUCUUCGUCUCACCCGCACAUUCUACGGUCGCUUGAUCGCCGUUAGCUUCAUUUUCCCUUGAUUCCACGUCACGUUGGCUGCCGUGUGGUCUUGAUUUUCCACAGGUUACUCCGGUUGAGCAGGCCCCAGAUUACCAUGGCGGAACCUGAGAACUUUGAGGACGAUCUCUUUGCUGACCUGUACGAUGAUAACGAGGCUGGUGGCACAGCGGCACCACCAGUAGCGGCUGUAGCAGCAGCCGCUCCUGCUGUCUCGGCUCCUCUGUCGCAGAUAAAUCCCCCCCAGCCGAUGUCGAUAGAAGCACCAGCUCCGGCCGAGUUCAACCAAGUGCCUGCUGAUGUAGCCCCUGCUGCCGAUGAAAAUGGAUAUGACGAUGAGUAUCAAGAUGAAAACUACGACGAUGAUGACGAUGUGGACUUCAACCUGGGCAAUGGCCCGGCAGCUAGUGCUGUUGCCGCACCGCCCCAACAGGACGCGUCGGCACCCGCCUUCCAUACCACGCGAGGACCCAGUGCCAAAGAGGACGGGAAGAUGUUUAUUGGCGGUCUGAACUGGGAGACGACAGAUCAAUCGCUUCGCGAUUACUUCUCCCAAUUUGGGGAGGUAACAGAGUGUACCGUCAUGCGGGACGGUGCCACCGGUCGAUCUCGCGGGUUUGGGUUUCUCACUUUCAAGGAUCCGAAGACAGUUAAUAUUGUCAUGGUCAAGGAGCAUUUCCUAGACGGCAAGAUCAUCGACCCGAAGCGAGCUAUCCCUCGCGACGAGCAAGAAAAGACAAGCAAGAUCUUUGUGGGUGGUGUCAGCCAGGAUACAACUGAGCCUGAAUUUAAGGACUACUUCGCCCAGUUUGGUCGAGUUGUUGACGCCACCCUCAUGAUGGACAAGGACACCGGUCGCCCCAGGGGCUUCGGGUUCGUUACGUUCGAGAGCGAGGCUGGCGUCGAAGCUUGCCUCAACACGCACCUGGAAAUCCACGGCAAGCCUAUUGAGGUUAAGAAAGCUCAGCCUCGAGGCAACAUGCGAGAAGAGGAGGAGGCGUCUAGACGUGGUAAAUUCCGCAAAGGCGGCAUAGAGGAUCAGAGCGCCAACCAGAACCCGAUGGCCAACCAGAUGGGACAGGGAAGUAUGACCCCGCAGCUCAUGGCGCAGUAUAUGCAGAGGAUGCAGCAGUACUUGGCGAUGAUGCAACAGCAGAUGGUGAUGAAUCGGGGCAUGGGCAUGGGUGCCAUGAAUCCGGCAAUGAUGCAGAUGUUGCAGAUGCAGCAGCUUCAGCAUCACAUGGCCCAGCAAGCCCAAGGGGGGGCGGCCCAGAAUUCGCAGAAUCCGAUGGCGGCCAUGGCCAACAUUAACCCGGCUCUCUUGCAACAGAUGCAACAGAUGCAGAGCCAGAUGAUGGCGAACGGAGGCGCCGUCCAGGGCCAGGGCCAGGGCCAGGGUGAUGGAGGCCAACAGGGGUUCAACGAUUUCAACAACCAGCAACAGAUGUUCAAUGCUCGCGGGAGCGGAGGCCGACGCGGUGGUCGAGGCGGAUAUCAAAACUACGGCAACAUGAGCGGCGGAGAUCCAACUUCCUGGGAGGGCAUGUACGACGAUGUGCCGCAGCCCAACUUCAACCAGGGAGGCGGCCGCGGUGGAUUCCACCGGAAUCGAGGCGGAAACCAGCCGAGUCCGGGGCCGGUCGAUCCCACCCACGCCCCGCCGGCCAACGCACCCACCGGUCCUAAGAACGCUGGCAAGCCGGGCGCGAAUUAUCGCGGCGGUGGACGCGGAGGCAGCAACAGGGGUUUCCAUCCUUACGGUCGCUAAGACGGCCGCGAAGGCCACGGGUCCAUCGCCGACCCCCUUUCCACUUUUCGGCACGGCAGUGCCCCCCGUAUUGGCAGAGAGAAUCGCCAAGUUUUGCUUCAUCACUACUGAGGCCCCUCGUUGUCGGAGUUCUCUCCUACCUGGAAUGGAAUGCCGCCG